CAGCUGAAGGAAGCCUGAGCCCUUGACCAGCUUGGGGGCCUAGGCAUGGAGGGGAGCUUUUGAUUCUGUGGGGCAGCAGGGCUGGAGAUGGCAGCUAUGGGAGGCAAUGCAGAGGAGGCUACGGAGAGUUGGGGCUGAGCCCUGGGAGUGGCACGGGGAAGUUGGUCUGGGGUUGGAAUCCACAGCAGGCCACCUUCCUGGUGCCUGCAAGAUGCAAAUGAUGAGAACAAUGGGGCCUCUGUGCCCAGGCCAUUAGUGGCAGAGCCUGAGCUCUAGAGAGGCAUAGCUGCUUCACCAUAGCCAUGGACAGGCUCAGUGGGAGCAAGCCCCGGUUGGAGCCACCCCUCCCACCCCUCAGAUACGUAGACUCCCCAGCGUGGAAAAAAGAUGACCCCCACCCAUCUCCUCUUCCUGCCCCUGGGACCUGGAGACACAGGCAUCCCUUCCCAGAAGCCCAAGAGGUGGAGGAAGAGGAGGAGGAUAAUUAUGAGCUGCCACCCUGUGAGGCUCUGCCCCUCAGUCUAGCCCCCGCCCACCUUCCUGGCACCGAGGAGGGUUCCUUAUACCUGGAUCACUCUGGCCCCCAGGGCCCGUCCAAGUCGCCACGACCGCGGCCCCAGCCCAGGACGGUGAACAGCCCGCACCCCCAUCCAGUCCCUCCUUCCCCACCCGUCCCACCCCAGGCCACCAUUUCCCAGUGGCUGAAGGCGGCACUGAGCCUGCAGGAGGCCAUGAAACAGGGACAGUCCCCUGGGAGGCGAGAGCUGGGUGCCUCAGCCAGAGUGGUGACAGGCCCUCCAAAGAAACCUGAUGAGGACAUCUACCUGGAGUGUGAGCCCAGUCCAGUCCCGGUCUUUACUCAGACUCUGAGCUCCCAAGUCCUGAUGCCCCUAGUCCCUCUGCCAAGGACAUCAGUGGUGCCCAGGCCCACCGUAGCCCCCCAGGAAGCUCAGAAUGGAGCAGAAAAUGCCACCUAUAAAGAGUCUGCACCAAAGCAGGAAAUUCCCAGCCUGUACUUCAAGAUCUCCCCUAAUUUUGGGGUCCCGUGUGGCCUAGCUGGUGGGUCCCACCAGAGCCCGACACCUGCCAGAAGGAGAUCCUCUUUUUCCUCUGCAGCCCCCACCUGGAGCGCCUCUGCUGCUGAGGACAGCAGCCUGCUGGGUCAGCCUUGGUACUCAGGGAACUGUGACCGUCAUGCUGUUGAGAGUGCUCUGCUCCGAUUCCAAAAGGAUGGGGCCUACACCAUACGCCCCAGCUCAGGGCCUCAUGCCUCCCAGCCCUUCACCCUGGCAGUGCUUCUCCAUGGCCGGGUCUUCAACAUUCCCAUCCGAAAGCUAGAUGGUGGGCGCUGUUAUGCCCUGGGCCGGGAGGGCAGGAACCCCAAGGAGCUCUUCUCCUCUGUGGCUGCCAUGGUCCAGCACUACAGUCAGCACGCCCUACCCCUUGUGGACCGGCAGAGCGGCAACCGGCAGCUCACCUGCCUGCUCUUUCCCACCAAACCCUGAGGCUUACCAAAGGACUGGCAUCUGGGAGAGACUUGGCCAACUUGCAAUAAAUAUUUGUUGGAAGAAUUUUUGAAUCUGCUGAGUAAAGCAGAGGUGGCCUCCAUGAAGCUGCAAAGCUCUCAAGUGUCACAGGGCACAGACUGGGUGUCGGAUUCAUGAAGCAGUGGUGGUCAGGCCAAGGCAGGAAGGGCCAGCCCCAUUUCUUCCACUUGAUUGGGGUUCUUGACCUUAGAUGGUUUGUGCUAAGAAUGAGGAAGGCCAGUCCCUAGGGAGUGGAGUUUUGUUUUGUUUUGUUUCUGGGGUCAGGGUGAGGAAGGGGUCGGGGAAGACCCAGUGCUGUCUGCCACCCUAUUAAAUGAUGAGAAUACAGUGAAGUACUUGUUCACCACCUAUAUACUGUACAGUGUUUCCCCAGGGGGAGAUGAGCAAAAGCAGAGACAGGCAGACCCCAGGAAACAACUGGGUAUUGCAAACGCCGGUCCUGGUACUGAAAGCUAUGGGGGGCUCAACGCAGGCCUUCAGAGAAGGCCAGAGGCCAUCGAGCAGAGCUGCUUGACCGGGUGUGGCCCGGCCAGCCGGCCGAGACUGCAGGGCCGCGGCAUCUCCGAGAUGGGCCGGCCACUUGCAGGCGGGCGGGGCCGGGCGGCGCGGGGCUGGGCGGAGGGGCGGGGGCGUCCCCGGGCCCUGACGCAGCGCCCGGAACACCCCGUGCCGGAAGCCCCGUGUGACCGUGACUGCGGGGAAGCCGCGAGCGCAGCGAAACAAAGAGCGGGGCUGCGUCCGCCGGGCGUUCAUACCCUCACCGAGGGCCCGGACCCCCUACCCCCGCCGGAGCCAUCCGUGCCUCGGGACGGACCCGGGCCUGGCCUGGCAGGGAGGCGCCGGAUUCCUCUGAGGCCGGGGCGGAGCGCAGGCCCGGGGGGCGGGUGCCCAGGAACGCCGAAACGCCAGUGCGAGGCUGGGUGGGCGACGUCGGGCCAGGCUGGGGUAGUGACGGUUGUACCCGUCACUGCCGGCUCUGGCAAAU